CACCGCGCGUACGGGUGGCCGGACAAGGUACUGGGAUGCAGCGACCUGCCGUACAGUGAGGACACGUAGGUGCCGAAGACGAUGACCCUCGUCGACAUCGAGAGCUUCAAGAAGGACUGGGUGGCUGCUGUCAAGAGAGCCUUGGACGUCGGCUUCGAUAUUAUCGAGAUCCACGUCGCCCACCGCUACCUCAAUAACUUCCUCUCCCCCGUCUCCAACACUCGCACCGACGCCUACGGCGGCCCCUUCGACAACCGCGUCCGCCUCCUCCUCGAGCUCUUCGACCUCACCCGCGCCCUCGUGCCCGCCUCGUACCCGCUCCUCGCCCGCACUACUUCUUGGUGAAUACAAACCUUCUGUGGGAGGCUCUUUCAGCUAUAUACG